AUGAAUGGUAAAGCUGCCAGAAUAAUGGGCAGCAGAAGCUUCGACUUCCUAAGCGGACCUAUGUGCGAAUGGGAAGAUAUCGACGAGAGUUAUGCUUGGGGCAAACAGGCUCCCGCUCAUCUGAGGGAGAAGUUUGAGUGUAGUCGGAUGGACAAGGUGUUGUUUUGCGGGGGCGUGGAGGUGAAGAGUUUGAGGAGGAUUGGGGAGAAAGUGGAGGCUUGGGUUGAGUAUCCAAAGUCGAGUGAUGAUGAAGAUGAGGAUGAGGAUGAGGAUACGGGGGAGAAUGUUUGGGUUAGUGAUCAUUUGGGGUUGGAGGUGGUUUUUCGGUUGGUUUAA